AUGAGUUCUGCAAUACCAGGCUUUUUCAAGCUGAGUAUAGAAGAACGCCAGGCUGCCCUUAAGAGCAUGUUCAACCUCACUGACGAAGAAGUUGCCCUUCUCAAGUCCACCGAACAUGGUCUCACGUUCAAUGCUGCAGAUACAAUGAUAGAAAACCUCAUAGCAAUGCACUCUACACCAGUCGGUGUAGCGACAAACUUCAUUGUCGACGGAAAAGAGAUCAUGAUACCGAUGGCACUUGAAGAACCUUCUGUUAUUGCCGGUGCUUCAUUGGCUGCAAAGCUUUGCAGGUCCACAGGAGGUUUCACAACUGCUUCAGGGGUUAACAUCUGUUCGGGACAGGUCGUCUUGAUCGUUCCAGAAGGGGAAACUGGUGCUUUGUCAAAAGUUUCUGAACUUCGAAAUGAAAUUAUCAAUAUAGCAAACGGAACUAUGCCAUCGAUGGUUGCAAGAAACGGUGGUGUUCAUGAUGUUGAUUACAGACUUAUUCAAACAAGAUCAGGCUUAACAUUAAGCGUUGAUAUCCAUAUUAAUGUUUGUGAUGCAAUGGGAGCCAACUGCGUCAACACAGCAUGUGAAGCAGUUCUCAAGUACCUCUCAGAAAAACUCGAUUGGGAACCAUUAAUGGCAAUUCUUUCAAAUUUGCCAUUAAAGAGGAUUAUCCAUGCAGAAUGCAAAUGGCCCAUCAAGCUCCUUGCCCAAGGCGGCUUCACAGGCAUGCAAGUCGCUCAAAGAAUCGUUGCCGCAGCCGAUUUUGCAGCUGCAGAUCCAGCCAGAGCCUCAACCCACAGAAAAGGCAUCAUGAACGGUGUUACAGCUGUUGUCCUUGCAACAGGAAACGAUACCAGAGCCGUAGAAGCAGCUGUUCAUUCAUAUGCCACUCAAUCAGAGAAUCCAGCCUUAACAAAAUACAGGAUUGACAAUGGAACCAACUUAGUUGGCGAAAUUUGGCUUCCAAUCCCCGUCGGCGUCGUCGGAGGCUCAAUCAGAAGAAAUCCAGACGUCAUGCUCAUGAGAAAGAUGCUUAAAGCUGAUAACGCUGAUACUCUCGCUAGAACAAUAGCUACUGUAGGCCUUGCAAACAACUUUGCCGCAAUCAGAGCCAUAGUUACAAACGGAAUUUGCGCAGGACACAUGAAACUUCACUCAAGAAACAUCGCAUGUGAAGCUGGAUGCGCUGAGAAGCACAUUGACACUGUAGCUUCUAAGUUAAUUGAAUCCGGAGACAUUUCGGUAAGAAAUGCUAUUCGUAUUCUUCAGACAUGCCAUUUAGUUUAA